UUAUAAAGCAUAAAUAUUUUUUUUUUUAAUUCUUCCACAAAGAAGAAUAUAGAAAAAGAAAUCAGAAAGAAUAUUCAAAUUGAUCAUUACUUUUUCAUUAACUCAACCCAUUGAUCGAAUAUUCGCGAUCGAUGUAGAGUCACAACAAUGACCGGAAAUGCGUUUGUGCAGAUCGCCUCUCAUGCAGGCAGGUGCUCAACAUCAUGGUGAUCCUCGGCUUCAUGUUGAACUAUAUGCUACGCGUGAAUUUGACGAUAGCGAUCGUUUCAAUGGUGACACCGGACAAUAGUAGCAGUCAACAUUCGCAUUUCAACGAAUCAUUGUCGGUGUCGGACGAGUGCACUGCCCGGACGACGAUGAUGAACAACCACACCCCGAUCGACGACACCAGGACCCCAGCGAUCCAUAUCAAUGUUAAUAGAGUUAACGAGACGGACAACGCUACUAUGCUCCUACCAUCGUUCCCCCAACGGCAGCCGGAGGAACGAGACCAGACCAAGUAUCCAUGGAACGAAUACGAAGUGAAUCUGAUCCUCGGCAGCUUCUUCUGGGGCUACAUAUGCACGGAGAUACCGGGCGGUCGACUCGCAGAAGUAAUUGGCACCAGGAAGGUCUUCGGUUACAGCAUGCUGGUAUCGAGUUUCAUCACUCUAUUGACACCAUUAGCUGGUACAUUUGGUUACGCCUUCGUUGCCGCAUUGAGAGUCAUAUUGGGAUUUAUGCUGGGUGCUACCUGGCCUGCCAUCCAGCCAAUGACUGCUCGAUGGAUUCCACCGACGGAGCGUAGCAAGUUCGUCUCUAACAUGAUGGCCUCGUCGCUCGGCGCCGCGAUAACUAUGCCGAUAUGCGGUUUCCUCAUCGACUCACUCGGCUGGGAGUCGGUCUUCUAUGUGACCGGCGUGAUCGGGAUUAUAUGGAGCGUGGCGUGGUUCUUGCUGGUGUUCGACUCACCGUCGCAGCAUCCGCGUAUCAGCGUGGAGGAGCGACGUUAUAUCGAGGAUUCGAUUGGAACGACCGCCACCAACAAGCAUUUGCCAGUGCCAUGGCGCUCAAUUGUCACCUCGGGACCUGUUUGGGCUAUUGUGAUAACGCACGCAUGCAGCGUUUUCGGUUACUUCACCAUUGUAAAUCAACUCCCGACUUACAUGAAAUAUAUCUUGCACUUCAACAUUAAGGAGAACGGCCUCUUAUCCUCGUUACCCUAUCUCGGCAAGUACAUUUUCGCUUUAUCAAUGUCCACCCUGGCCGAUUACCUGCGUCGCACGAACAAACUAUCCGUAACUGCAAUACGCAAAAUUUUCACGACAUUCGCUAUUAUAACUCCUAGCAUCCUCAUGGUGAUUCAAGUAUAUCACGGUUGCAAUCGUGCGGCAUCGGUUGCUAUAUUCACCGUCGGUCUGACGAUAAACGGCGCCGUGACGGCCGGUUAUCUGGGAAACGGUCUCGACAUCGCGCCCAAUUUUUCCGGGACCAUAUUCGGUAUUGCCAAUACCUUCAGCUCGAUGGGCGGUUUUAUUAGCAGCUUCAUGGUCGGCACCAUAACGUACAAAAAUCAGACCUACACGCAAUGGACCAUCAUCUUUUGGACCUUGGCGGCCACUUACUUCACCGGUGCGCUGACAUUUCUCUUCUUCGGCACCGGCGAGUUGCAAAAGUGGAACAAUCCGCCCAAUAGCCAGACGAGGAGAAACGGCGCUACCUUGGAAGAUGAUGUCGAAUCGGUCCCCCUCAAAAAUAAAAUAAUUUCGUAGCGUCUUGAGCGAUACGCUUUUUCUCAAACUGCUAAGACGUUACUACGAUGGAGGUGUCGAUUUAUCGCAAUGCGAUAUAUUCCAGAUGGGACAGUAUUCGUUUUUAUUAUCUUGAAAUUUUAAACCGAUCAAUUGACUUUGUAGCUUGGCAGUAGCUUGCAAAAUAUCCUUGUUUUUCACUGCCUACUAACUUUUUGCUUAGAGUUAAAAUAUGUCUUUCAAAUCGUAAAAUCGAUAAUUUAUUAUUAUCUUUCUCAUUUUAUAUUUUAUCUCUGAAUAGUAGAAUGCAAAAAAAGAAAUAUAUAGAAACAUUGAUUUUUUAAAAUGAGUUUUAUUAUAAUUAUAUCGAGUUUUCCCCUUCUUAUGCUCGCUUUCUUAGAUAUGCCAAGUUCGGAGUUGAUUGAUAUAGAAUGAUUGAGUGCAUUUUUACACUCACUUUUUACUGAUACUAAUGUAUAUUACACAAUAAGCUUACCAUAUAGUUACCAAAGGAAAGAAAGAUAAAUAAUUAAAAGUGUUUAGUUUAUAUUAAACGAUUAUUUAGUAUAAUUUGUUAAUACAUGCAAAUUUAUAAAUAAAUUUUUAGCGAGUAUCUGUCAUUUGCCUUAAAAAUAACAGCUAGGAAAGACUCAACUACAAUAUUGACUCCAAGAGAAUUUAUAUAAAAAAAAUCUUGCAGAGGAUAUAUGUUAUCAUAAUUAAUAUCCAUGUAUAUAAAUUAAUAAUAUGGCAAAUAAUAUGUUCGUACAUUUUCAAACUUUUGUCAACUGUCAAUUUUUCAAAUUUGAUUAGAGAAAAAUUGUGACUUUUGCAAUAUUUAUUUACUAACCUCAUUAAUAAAAAUCUCGGCGAUACUAGCAAUAAAGA